AUGAGUCCAUUAUUAAAUCCUAAGCAAACAAUUUUGACAAUGAAUGCAACAAAAUUAAUGCAAGUAAAAACAAGGUGAAAGUUUGUCUUAAAGCAGUAAUGUAGAUAAUAAAAAAACGUCAAAUCAUUUUGGGAAAGUUCAAUAAACUUUUAUCAGAUAUUAGGUGCAUGUUUUUGAAAUUAAUGAUCAGUUUUAUAAACAGUUAAUGAGGCUACUUGAAUUUAUCCAUUAUUUAGUACUGUAAAAAUAUUCUCAAAUUCCACACAAACUCAUACAUGGUGGCGUUUUAAUUGAAUUUUAAAUCUAAUCGUUUCUGUUCGUAUUUAGGCAGGUUUUCUGUUUCUGUGCUGAUGAAUGAGUGAAGUCCUUUCCUCUGGAUGCUCGUCUACAAACGAACUUUUCCCCCUGUCAGUCUUUAAAAGUUGCAGUGGGUUUAGGUGGAAGAUCUCUCCCAAACACAUCUCAGUUUAAGGCCUCAUUCUGUGUUGGGAUCUAAUCAUCUUAAUAUCAUUCACUCCGUUUCCCUUUUUAAAUUGAGUUAAUGCUAACUCAGAUGGAUUUUACUCCCUCUGUAAUUAAAGAUGUUCUCUCUUCUUGCCCGUUGUUCACCAAGGAAAGCUUUGCAAAUUAACAGCAAACUGCCGUUUACGACAGUGUAACUACAUUGAACGCAGCACCGUUUUCCAAGGUGCAGCCUGUUUCCCGCUCUGAACGCAGCUCAGGUUCCAGGGCAGUGAGGAGGAUUGAACUUUUGCCCUCUUUGCUGAGCAGAGACCAUGGCCGAGCCUCCUGUCAUCAUCUGGGAGGAGGAAGUUAAAAGUGUGCUCCGUUACAUGGACCUGGUCCCCCGUCUGGAGGACGCUUUGGGGAAGUUCUCCCGACGGGACAGCGCCGCGGUGCUCCAGCCUGUGCGCACCGCGGUGCCGCUGCAGAAGCACAGCGGCUUCAUGGGGCUCAUGCCGACAUACAUGGAGAACGACGGAGUGCUGAGCACAAAGUUUGUCUGUUACUACAACAGAGAGAGAGGGUCCACUUUACCGGCUGUUCAGGCCACCGUGGUUCUGCUGGACCCAGAACUUGGGAACGUCAAGGCUGUGAUGGGUGGAGAGGUCAUCACGGCCAUGAGGACCGCUGCCGUCUCAGCCAUCUCUGCUAAGCUGCUGAUGGCGCCGGGAGCAGAAGUUCUGGCCAUCCUGGGGACCGGCAGACAGGCUCUGAGUCACUUUAACGUCUUCACUGAGAUGUUUUCUUUUAAAGAGGUCCGCGUUUGGAGCCGGACUAAAGAGGAAGUGGCGAGGUUCGUCCGCUCAGCGGGAGGCGGUGUGAGAGGAUGCGGCUCGGCGGAGGAGGCGGUGAGGGGAGCAGACGUCAUAGUGACGGUGACCAGAUCCACGGAGCCGGUGCUGUUCGGUCAGUGGGUCAAAGCAGGAGCACACGUGGCAGCUGUGGGAGCCUGCAGGCCAGACUGGAGGGAGCUGGACGACGUGCUGAUGCAGAGCGCUGUAGUGUACGUGGACAGCAGGGAGGGGGCGCUGUCAGAGUCUGGUGAUGUCAUCCUUUCAGGGGCCGAGGUGUUUGCAGAGCUGGGAGACGUUAUCAACGGAACCAAGCCUGCCGAAAGGGAGAAGACGACCGUCUUCAAGUCUCUGGGAAUGGGAGUGGAGGAUGCAGUGUCUGCUCAGCUGGUGUUUGACCAGUGGGCAGCUAAAGAAACCACGAGACUCAUUCUUGAUUUCUGACGUUUCAGCUGGAACUUUACAGUCAGAGAGAAAUAUUUUCCCUGACAAAAUAAAAAUGCAGUGUAGCACAAACUGCACACUUAUUGCUUUGAAUUAAAUUUCAUUUAAAGAAAAAAAAAAGCAUUAAUUUUUGUCAUUUCACAA